AUGGGAAAUCGUCCAAGUAGUUUAAGUGAUCUUAAUUUAUUUUCUAAAGGUGGUGUCUUUAGUAGAGAACAAUUAGAAGAAUAUCAGGAUUGUACAUUUUUUACUAAAAAAGAUAUCUUACGUUUAUAUAAACGUUUUAAUGCAUUAAAUCCAAAUAAAGUUCUUCCAAAUAUGCAAGGAACCCGACCAUCAAUAAUAACAUUAACCUAUGAAGAGGUAGAAAAAAUGCCAGAAUUAAAAGAAAAUCCAUUUAGAAGAAGGAUAUGUCAAGUUUUUUCUGAAGAUGGAAGUGGAAAUUUAACUUUUGAUGAUUUUUUAGAUAUGUUUUCUGUUUUUAGUGAAAUGGCACCAUUACAACUUAAAUUAAAAUAUGCUUUUAGAAUUUAUGAUUUUGAUGGUGAUGAUCAAAUUGGACAUGAUGAUUUAAGUAAAAUGAUAAGAUGCCUGACAAGAGAUGAACUAAGUGAUGAGGAAGUUGAAUUUAUCAUUGAAAGAAUUAUUGAAGAAGCUGAUCUUGAUGGUGAUGAACAGAUAUCAUAUGCAGAAUUUGAACAUGUAGUAUCAAGAUCACCUGAUUUUAUAAGAACAUUUCAUAUUCGCAUAUAA